AUGCGCCCGCCAUCCUUUGACAGCCGUGGUCACCCCCUACCCCGACGUGCUUCCCCAGACAAGUCAAUAACACUUCAUAAUCACCGCCUUGCGCGAGAUGCCAGCAGCAGACUUACUUCAUCUUCCGCACUGGGAGUGACCGGACCCCAAACCCAACCCCAAACCCAACCCACAAGCUCGCCCACUCGAAGGAAUUCGUCUGGAGAAAGCAACGAUACCGGGCACAGUGACCCCAAGAAUUGGUUUGACCAAUCCAACCGUAAUCCUGUUGCCGCCUUCAAUGACGAGAGCAACAACAUGGAAGUCGAUCCUCCUUUUUAUCAGAAGGAGACUGACUCCUCCAACGAGGAUUCCAGGUAUCCGCCUGGACGAAACCCAUCAUAUCCCCCCCGUGAUACCCAGAUGCAAGGAUUACGCGCCGCUGUUGCGCACAGCAGCAGCGCCGAUGACUUCCGCAGCGUCAUCGACGACUUGACUGUCGAAAACAAGCGACUGAAGGAGGAACUGAAGAGGUAUAAGCAGUUUGGCUCCGACAUGAUGAGGAAGGAGAAGUUGUUUGAGAUCAAGGUACAUGGUUUACCUAGACGGAAGAAACGCGAAUUGGAGGCAACGCUUCGGGAGUUUGCUGCUAGUCUCGGCGGCUCGAGCGAAUCGACAUCGCAGCGGAGGAAGGGUGGGAGACAUGGAAAGGCUGUUCACUCGUCCGGGGUAUCGUUGUCCAAGCACGACUCGUCGUCGUCGUCGCGGAGUCGUCCUGUCGAUUCUGCGUACGCCUCCAUGUCGACAGGUCCUAGCUCGCAUGCGGCUCACUCCUCUGCGCAUCCCGUCCAUACCGAGUAUGGAUGCAGCACUCGUGUCGGAAGGAACCAUCAUGGCACCGCCCGCCCCCCCCCAGAAGGAUUGCGCGAAGCUCGCAUUCAACUACAGGAGGGUGAAAAUCCAGAGAAAAUCCGUUCCUCCAAGGGCACUACCUCUGCAUCCAACUCAGGUGGUGACCAAACCGAACUCGGCGGAACUGUGACGGCAGGCGGAGAUGGAAGUGGAAGCGGCGGUCGAACUGUCAACAACACCUCGCCCCCGGGAGUCAUUGCACCGGACCAACGACCAACCAGGCCCCGCGAUCUGGACCCCGACCGAGUACAAAUACCCUCCGAAAAUAUGGACUACAUCCGUCACCUAGGCUUGGUAUCACCCGAAUUCUUGCAGGGAAGCCGAACCAGCUAUCAAGAUGUCGCUCCGGAUGCGGAAGGCUGGGUGUACCUCAAUCUGCUUUGCAACCUCGCCCAGCUGCACAUGAUUAACGUGACACCGAGUUUCAUUCGCCAGGCCGUCUCGGAAAAGAGCACGAAAUUUCAGCUCUCUUCUGAUGGCCGGAAAAUCCGCUGGCGUGGUGGAACCGAUGGAACCAAGUUCAGCAGCGACAGCAGUGAGGACAAGUCCCAGAAAAGCCCCCUGACGGACGAUACCGAGGACGGCUCGGAUAAGACUAGUCGGAGGAAGAAGCAGAAGACGCAGCCGACGCGUUCGGAGCUUGGGAGGCUCGGUCUCUCAAGGUCACCUUCGGACACCUUUCAUUACAAACCGAUGUUCGUACACCGCCAUGCAUCCUCGGCCGAGACGUCUUUGGAGGAGUCGGCCUCACAAGGCUCGGAUGUCGUUGAUGAGAGUAACCUAGCAAACUCGAAGUGGGACUUUAGCGGAUCGGGGACAACGCAACAGCGGAGCAAGCGCCGAUAUGACGGUGCCAUCGUUUACUACACCGGGGCUCAGUUCUGCACCGAUCUUUCAGGAGAGCCCGGCGAUAUGUCGCCAACAGCGCAAAUGACGGCCACCGGCCGCGAACAAGAAGCAUCCGGAUCUGGCGAUGACGCUGGGCGUGUGCUGCAGCGGACGUUGUCUGGAUCGUCGCUUCCCGUCAGGCCGCUCAGCGAUGACCGUGCCCGCGUGGCCGAGGCAUUGGAUUUUGACCCCCAAAACCCACUCGAUCUCGUUUCCGACGACGGCUUCUCGCCGAACGACGAAGAUUUUGCCUUCCCUUGGUGUGAGGAUCCUGCCAAGACUCAAGUUCAGCCUCUUGCCAAAGAAGUCAUGGAGCCCUCCGGCCUUGGUGGAGUACUUCCUGAUGACCAUUUUGCUAUUUUCGUCACCACCCGCCGCGUCAUGAGACCUACCCUGCAACGACAUCUGUCACGCUCGACAACAUCGGAAGAUACGGCCGAGAUCAUUGCCGAACGCCUGGCAUCGAUAAGAACGUCAUCGCCUUUGCCGCCUCCUCGCAGUCGCAGUCUAGUUGUUGCGCCUUUGCAAAUCGAAUACGUCUCUAGAGAAUUCCAUCGGCUCAACCCAGCUUCACUCCCUCCGCCGGCGAUGUUUUAUCCCCCGUUCAGCACCGACUCCAGCUGGGACGACGGCGACGAGCUCGUUUCGGACGAGGAAGAAGUGGAGGAGAUGGAGGAAGAGUCCUUCUCGGAAGGGCAGAUAUCGCACCGAGCAAACCCUCAUUUUUCGGACAACAAUACGUACAUGCGGAAGGACGAUUUGGCGUUCGAUACCGAGACUGAUGUGCGGAUGGACAGCAGCGACGAUCAUCGGAUGUCGUCGGACAGCGGCCUCGUGAUGCGGUCGGUGAUGCCGCGGCCGGCAGCGGUGGACGGAGAUGGCAGCCCACUGGUGACUGUCACGGGAAGAGACGUGGAUAUGCUGCACACUGGCAGCUCGGUUGCAACCGCUGGUGGGGCGGAGAGCGGCUACAGCAGUUCGAUGGAGGACGUCUCGUCCUCGUGA